ACCGAUACCGGUAUCUGGUAUCGGCCUCGAUACCACAUUUUCUAAAGUACUCGUACUCGUUAAAAGUCCCCCGAUACCGGGGACCGAUACCACGGUCCGAGACCUGUCUAUGUUUGAGCGGCAUGUAAGGGGUUAAUCACAGGUGCCGAGUGCCCGCCCCCAGGCCCCGGCUGCAGCUCGGAGCUGGGAGAAGGCGAGGCGAGACAUAUCAGCCGUGUGGAACUGUUUCAAAGUGAACGAAGACGCGAAAACAAAGGCAGACUGCAAAUUGUGCUCAGCGAAAUUGUCCAGAGGAGGCUCAAAAGGUAGCGCAUUUAACACAAGUAAUUUAAUCAAGCACCUAAAAUCCCAACACGACAACGACUACAAAGAGUUUACCCACGCUUAUUUACCCAUGCUUAUUAGCACAGAGGAGCAUAGCUGAUGCUAUAGCAGUGGGACGGAAAAUAGUUGGGCAUUUUAAACAUUCUGCCUUAGGCUACUCCCGCCUCGAGGACAUUCAGGGACAGCUCAACCAGCCAAUAAAGAGACUGCAGCAGGACGUAGAGACGCGCUGGAACAGCACAUAUUACAUGCUCCAGUCCCUCAUUGAGCAAAAGCGAGUGCUGGGGAUGUAUGUGUCCGAGCAUGAACUCCCUGACUAUCUCACCGCUCACCAAUGGGCUCUUAUGGAGACGACUGUUGACAUCCUCGCCCCCUUUGAGGAACUAACUAAAAAAGUGAGCAGCUACGACGCACUAGCCUCUGAUGUCAUCCCAGCUGUAACUGUGCUAGUGAGACUUCUAAACAGAGAAACAGACGAGGACCAUGGCGUCAAGACAAUGAAAGCAACCUUACUGGCAGCUGUCAAGAAGCGCUUCAGUGACGUCGAGACCAACCCACUGUACUUCAUCUCCACCAUACUUGACCCAAGGUAUAAAGAUCGCUUCUUCUCCAACAACACUGCUCCAGAGGCCAAGCUGCACCUGAAGCAGGAGCUGCAGAUGAUGUCCAGAGCUAAGGCAGAGGGGAGUCGGGCAGAAGCUGCAGAACCUCCUGCUAAACUGUUCCUCAAGGCCCAGGCCAGCACUAGCAGCAGUCUGGACACUGUAUUUGACGAAAUCGCUAAGGAGCAGCCCCAGGCAGCACAGCCGCUGGCAGCAGGUGCUGCCAUUGAGCUCGACACAUACCUCGGAGAGGCCCCAAGCCCUCGUGAAGACAGUCCUCUGAAGUACUGGGGUGUCAACAAAAUCAGGUUCCCCACUUUGGCUAAAAUGGCCCAUAAAUACCUCUCAGCCACACUGCCCCAUGUAGCAGUGUGGAAAGUGAAAGGCUUUUUAGCUCAUUGUCACAUAUUAUAGAUGAAAACAGAAACAGGCUGACUGCUGAUAAUGCAGAAAAGCUACUUUUCUUUAAAAAAAACCCUGCCACUCACUUUUUCUAAAUAGGCUCCAUUAAGUGAGUCGUCUUAGACUUGAUGUUAAUACCUACCUCAGUUGCACUGACUGCCACAGUUCUAUGUUGGUGGAUGUUGUUAGUUUAUUCAAAUAUUGUGCACUAAAUAGCAAAGAUGUUUAUUAAUGCCCCUUGUGUUGUUCAAAGCGACAGGGUUUACAAUAAACUGAAAAAAAUACUUGAGUUGCACUGACACAGUUUUAAUUUUUUUUCAUAAUUAUUUAUUCUGUAAUAUGUUGCAUACAACAUGCUUUUCAUUUUAAAUAAAUGUUCUUAAUUCCAAACCAGUCCCUUGGUUUUUUUUUUGGUUUUUUUUUUGUUAAAUUAUAGGACUAAAGCUGUUACCUGUAAAUUUAAAUCAUGUUUUUAUUAAGUACUCGGUAUCGGUAUCGGCGAGUACGGAAAUGCAAGUACUUGUACUCGUUUCCAAAAAAGUGGUAUCGGUGCA